AUGUCCAAGACAGCAGAGAAAGAAGUGAACGUGGAGCCGUAUCUCGAUGAUGUGCAGCACAAAGAGGAGAUUACUGCAGAACAGAUUGGAUCGGACCCCCAUGAUCCACUCGGAUGGAGGACUGCACGCAAACUUAGCAUUCUCGCCAUCAUCGGGCUCUGGGUCUUCAUCGGGACUUUCAACAUGAUCAUCAUAGGUCCCGCCCUUCAGAUCGUCCCUGUGGAAUUCAACUCCUCCUUUUCCUCGUCGACAUACCUUAUUGGCGGUCCUCUUCUGGCCUAUGGAGUUGCGUCUUUCCUCUGGGUGCCUCUCGCCAAUCGAUAUGGCAGUCGGCUGGUCUUUGUUCUGACCGCAAUCGCUGCAGCGUGUAUGAGUGUUUGGGGUGCGAAAGCCACAACAUUCGGAAGUCUUGUGGCGGCCAGGACUUUGGCAUCAGGCUUUUUUGCUUCACCUGAAACACUCGCCCCGCAGAUGAUAGGCGAUGUUUUCUAUAUCAAAGACCGUGCAAAGGGCAUUACCUGGAUCAACAUCGUUCAGGCAACAGGGUACACUGCAGGCCCCCUGUUUGGAUCCUUUAUCGUCCAGAACACCUCGCUCGGCUGGCGAUGGACUCAAUGGAUUGUUGCUAUGAUAACCUUCGGUGUAGCUACGCUUAUAUUCCUUUUCGUGCCAGAAACACAAUACACUAGGUCGGCCGGUAUGGAAAAACGCACUCGGUCGUGGAAAGACAACUUCCGAUUCUGGGUUGUGAGUGGCGGUGGCAAGCCCAAAGUUCAUAGCUUACGUGCGGCAUUCGUGGUCAUGUUCCCAUACUUUCUGCAUCCCAUCGUGAUCAUGAGCACGUUUUUCUUUUCGAUUUGCCUCAUGGUUGCCAAUUACCUGAUGACAACACAAUCUUAUACGUUUCUGGUCUUUUAUCAAUUCAGCCUGGGCCAUUCUGGUCUUACUUUCAUCGGCCCUCUGAUCGGUACAUGGCUUGCCAUCAUUGUCUGUGGCAUUCUCGCAGAUUGGCGAUUCAACACCCUGACCCGAAGAUAUGGUUCAAAGCCGAAGCCAGAAAGCCGACUUCCAGUAUAUGUCUUCACAGGGCCCGUUGGAGUUGCUGGGACAAUCCUGUUUGGCGUCUGCACCCAGAACCAAUGCCACUGGAUUGCCCCUGUGAUCGGGUCGUCCGCACUACUGUUCUCUUUCACCUCUUCUGCAGCAAUCCUGUUUGCAUAUCUAUUGGACGUUUACGAAGCUCGUCUUGACACCGUUAUGGUGGUCUUCAAUGGCGUCAAAAACAUUGCCACAUUCGGGAUCAGCUACGCCGUUCUCCCCUGGAACGCAGGUGGACUCACAGUACCUUUCGUAGUUCUUGGUGUUCUGCUUUUUGUGGCUCACCUCCUCAUUAUGGUCACCUAUAUCAAGGGAGAGGCUAUCAGACAUUGGACUGCAGAGAGAUUUGUGACUGGACAAGAAACUCAUCACGGUGACGCCUUCUGA